GCCUCAGAGCGUCCCGCGCUGCACAGCUACAGGUCGCUGUCAGAGCCCAGCAGGUGCGACUGCGUCUGCAUGCCGACUGGCUGCUAAUCACCUGCCUGCUGCAGACUUCUAUUCCAGACGUUUGUCUGCUGUUGAGCUCUCCUGUUUGCCAGUUUGAGUGUAUUAUCAUCUGGGGAUAAUCUCUGUCAGAGCAGACUGGUUAGAAACAUUUGAGGUGUGCAUCUCCAGCCGACCAGCACAAUGAACUUCGAUGACAUUUUGAGUAAAAUUGGAGGCUUUGGGAAGUUCCAGAAGCUCCUGUAUGUGUGGAUCUGUGUGCCUCAGAUAUUCCUGGCGUUCCACAUGCUGGUGUCCGUGUUCACCGGGGCCGUUCCCCCUCAUCUGUGCCGCUCCGCUUGGCCCUCAGGGGCCACCCCUGCCGCUUUGAACUUCAGCCUUCUGAGCGAGCCAGACGGCCGAUCUGAGCUGUCCUGCAACAUGGCCCUCAAUCAUAGCAGCGGCGUCACCGUGGCCCCUGGAGGAGCUGCGGCCCCCGGAGACAGGCACCCCACCACGAGCUGCCAGGACGGCUGGGAGUACAGCAAGGAGACGUUCCAAAGCACCACUGUCACAGAGUGGAACCUGGUCUGUUCCAACUCCAGCCUCAACAACCUCGGCUCGUCCGUCUACAUGUUCGGACUCCUCGUCGGCGCUGUUUUAUUUGGUUACUUGGCUGAUAAAUAUGGUCGCCGGAUCAUCAUCCUCAUUGGCCUGGCUAUUCAAGUGACCUUUGGCGUGGCUGCUGCUUUCGCUCCCAAUUUCUACGUCUACACAGCCCUUCGCUUCAUGGUGGGAACGUCCAUCUCCGCUGUUAUCAUGAACGCCUUUGUUUUGGGUACUGAAUGGACGGGCCUGAGACAGCGCAUGCUGGCCGGGAUUAUCACAGACUACUUCUUCGGAUUCGGGUACAUCCUCCUGGCCGGGGUGGCGUACCUCAUAAGGGACUGGCGCAAGCUGCAGCUGGCUAUAUCUGCACCUGGCUUCCUCUUCAUCGUCUACAUUUGGGUUUUGCCAAAGUCGGCCCGCUGGUUGAUGGCCAAUGACAGGAAGGAGGAAGCAUGGGACGUGAUCCAGAAGGCAGCCGAGAUGAAUGGGAAGCCCAUCAGUAAGGACAUGGAGAUGUGUCAGGUUUAUCAGGCUGACGAGAAAACCGAGCUGAAGAAAAAGCACUCCCUGGUUGACCUCGUUCGAACCCCGACAAUGAGGAAGCAGUCCCUGAUCGUCUUUUAUCUUUGGUUCGUCAACGUCCUGGUGUACUACGGCUUGUCCCUCAACAUUUCUGACUUCGGAAUGAACAUCUACCUGACCCAGAUGAUCUUCGGCCUGGUGGAGAUGCCGGCACGCACCAUCACACUGUUCACCCUCAACCGCUCACGCAAGUUCUCUCAGCUGGCUUUCCUAGCAGUGGGAGGUUCUGCCUGCCUGCUGACCACCUGCAUCCCCAGCGACCUGUCCGUUGUCCGAACGGUCCUGGCCAUGAUUGGGAAGUUUGGGAUUACAGCCUCUCUGUCUAUCAUUUAUGUCUACUCAGCUGAAAUAUUUCCAACAGUGAUCAGGCAAAAUGGGAUUGGCAUAGGCUCCAUGUGUGCGCGGAUCGGCGGUGUCCUGGCUCCAAUGAUGCACCUUCUGAAGAACAUCAAUCCUCAUGCUCCCAUGAUCCUCUCUGGCCUGUGCCCGCUGCUGGGCGCUGGACUGACCCUGCUGCUGCCUGAGACGGCCAACAAGCCUCUACCGGACACAAUCGAGGACGUCGAGGGAGAAAGUCUGACUUCAUAGGUUUUACUCUUCUGUUCAGUGAUUAGGAGGAAGGUGUGAAGGCGGCCAUCUUUGAUCCGAGGAAUGUUACCAUGGACACCCCCAGGAAGGAUUAACAUCUCAGCACUGGCUGGCAUAUGUCAUGUGACAUUCAGUAUAUUUCAGUUUAUGUCUCUAUAAGUCUUUACUUCCAGUGGAAGUUUCAGUUAGACUUUGUGUUUAUGGGUCUUUACAAGCUGCCCAAACUCUUUAAAUAAUGGUAUUUAUGAAAGUGUUUUUAUUCCUUCUUGAUCAAUUUUGUAUGUUUUUUUAUGGAGUAAUUUCUCUUGUUCCAGCGUGGUAAAUUUAGUGAAUAUAGAAAGUGUCAUUCUGGUAAAGAUGUGUAAAAUUCUUAUAAUAAAUGAUUCCAGUGCAGCAGCAUAUCAUCACAGAAGAAUGUAGAAAACUCAAAUUUCUAAUGUAAAGUGUGUUUAUUCAGUCUGAAAGUAAAUUCUCUGAGGAAUAAUUGUUUUUACAAUCUCCUCGGUGGCACACUUUUGGACGACCGAGUUUACAUUUGUGAUGUAAGACAGGAAGGUUCUUUUUUUCUGGCACCAUUCCCAAACUAGCCUAAUGGUUGCCAUGGAGCCAGAAUGUCACGUUUUGCUGGCUCCUUGUUUUGCCUACUGGCUAAAAGAAAUUGGCCUUUGUGUCACAUCAUAUUUUUCCCUAGAGAAACUGAAACUUAUUGGAGUUCCUAUACUCUGAUCAAUGUAGAAAUGAUUAAUGUUGGGUUUUCAACAUUGCGUUUGUUGCUUUUAAUUUAAAGAGGGUUUUUUUGUUGUUGAUUUUAGAAUUAUCUGCACAGUUGAUGGCAACAAAAAGGUCCUGGGUUGGAAUCCUGAGCAGGGGUCUUUCUGUGUGAAGUUUGCAUUUUCUGCCUGUGCAUGCAUGGAUUUGCUCUGGGUACUCCGACUUCCUCCCACUGUUCAAAAACAUGACUGUCAGGUUAAUUAGUCUCUCUAAUUGUUCUUGUGAGGGUGCGCAUGUGUGUGUUGCUGUUUGUCCUGUGUUGUCCAGUGAUGGACCAGCGAUGUGUCCAGGUUUCUCCACGUCUCUCACUAAACCACCAUUUGAACUAAGUACCAAUGAAAGGAAUGUAGACAGUAGAUGUUUGGGGAACCAAUAAUUUUGCCACAGCUAAUUUUAUUAAAUAUAAUUAUUCCUCAUCAUGGGAUUUUUACCCCACUGAAUUAAUGCACUUAUAACAGACUGUAUUUUUUUUGUGAUAUUAUUUGGCUGCUUCAAAAGAUAAUUUCAUCUUUUUUAACACAUCUUUACAAAGCAGGGCAUUUUAUUUGGUAAGGUAUUAUACUUUGUAAGAGUUUUAUUUAAGUAUCAGGCAGUACUUGUUGUCAGGCAAUGCAAGAAGUUCUGCCUGAUGAUGAGUUGGUGGUGCCUGAAGCUACAUGGAGAGCAGACUUUAACUGAGCCCUUCAUCCUGAGACACUUUCACCUCACAGCUCGGUUCUGAUUGUGUGAAAGCAAACGGUUCUCAUCUGACAGUAUCAAUCAGAUGGUAUUUGUGCAAUUAGAUUUUCUUGUUUGUUUUUUGCAUUAUUUUGUCUGAAGGUUAUAUGGUUAAAAUAAAGGGAUCAAGAGACAUUUUAUUCAGUAUUGUUCUCCCAGUUCGCUGUCAGUAAUUUAUCGGCGCCUUCCUCACUAAUCAUGGCUGUUAGCCUGUGAACAAAGCCGUCUCUGUGAAGAAACUGCUUUCCCAGACUGUUGUGAAGGACUUUUUCCGGCUUGUUGGGAGUUCUAAUCUUCAAAGCAUCCAGCAGCUGGAGGACUUAUCAGCCAGAGUUAGUUUUGUCUUUGUUUUGCCUCAGCAUGUAGUUUUGCUGAAGGGUUUGCUGCUACAUUUGCAGACCUAAAGGUCAGUUGAGCUACGGCUGGCGCAUCGCUGCUGCCUCCCAUUGGCCCACUUAAAGGCAGGUGGGAGUGGGAAGCUCUUCCAUGUUUACAGUGAUAACUCGCAGCAAAACAUAUCUUUGAGGAAACACUCUCUGGUGGAUAGAGGAUGUCACCUCCUCUCUGGCAGCUCAACCAGUAUCUGAUGUGUGAAAAAUGUGCUUUACAUCUCAUCCAUGCAUUUAUGAACGUUCACAUUAUUUUUCAGAUUAUAUUGUUGAUACUGUAUAUUUUUACUGACUUUGCGAAAUAAAGGUCGUCUGAGAGCA